AGUGAAGCGCUGGCCCUCGCAGGAAGAUAGGCUACCUCAACGGGGACGGACGGAGCGAAGGACGGAAGGAAGGAAGAAGAGGAGAGGAAGGUGAAGGAGAAGGAGAAGGAGAAGAAGCGAAGCUUUUGCACACACACAAACACAAGAGACUUGAAAACGUUGUGGCGGGUAGCGCGGGACUACGUCUUGUCAGCGGCGGCGGUGGCGGGAGUGGCUUAGUGGUGUCCACACCAGCAAGAGUGGAGCGAAGCGAGCCUGGAUGGGGUAAAUCUCCCGAAGUGCACUGCCCUCGCCGGCCUUUCUUGCCUUCCUCGUUCUCCAGAGGACUUGCCUUGUUUUGAAGGAUUUUAUUUUUCAUUUUUAUUUUUAUUUUUCUUCUUCCUUCUUCCUCACCUUCUUCUGUCUUACUUAUUCUAUCUCUUUGCUUUAGUUUCACCUUGGCCCUCCCUCAUCCUCAACCCUCACUUAUCACCUUGGGUUGAUUUUUUUUACGUUUCUUCCCCACUUCCACUUCAGUUUUAAUGGUUUAGUUCUUUACUAUUUUUUUGUUGUGCAAGGGUGUGUCUGUGAGGACAUACAUAGCCUUGCCCUUUAUUUUCCGGGACAUUUCCGUUUCCGUUCCGUUUCCGCCAUUCCUUCCCAAUUUUGUAGGCCCUUUUGUCCGCCCCCUGCCUCCUCUGCCUCUGCCUCAGCCUCCGUUGAUUGGGUCAACAUGGCGCGUAUGAACAGACCCGCCCCGGUGGAAAUCACCUAUAAGAACAUGCGUUUCCUCAUCACGCACAACCCCACCAACGCCACCCUCAACAAAUUCAUAGAGGAACUGAAAAAAUAUGGAGUCACCACUGUUGUGAGGGUGUGCGAGGCCACCUAUGACGCUGCUCUGGUGAUUAAGGAGGGAAUUCAGGUUCUGGAUUGGCCUUUUGACGACGGUGCUCCUCCUUCCAACCAGAUUGUGGAUGAUUGGCUGAACCUUCUGAAGCUCAAGUUCCGCGAGGAGCCCGGCUGCUGCAUCGCUGUCCAUUGUGUAGCCGGCCUUGGCAGAGCUCCAGUCCUGGUGGCUCUCGCCAUGAUCGAGUGUGGGAUGAAGUACGAAGACGCUGUCCAGUUCAUUCGACAGAAGCGUCGGGGAGCGUUCAACAGCAAGCAGCUCUUCUAUCUGGAGAAGUAUCGUCCAAAGAUGCGCCUGCGCUUCAAAGAUUCCAACGGUCACCGUAACAACUGCUGCAUCCAGUAGGCCUGAGCCCCGCCUCCCCAGGUUGCUACUACCUCCCCACCCGCCCUCCUCCCCCUAUAAAGCAUUUAGCCAGCACAACGAUGCUCAUGGCCCAUCACAUCCCAC